AUGUUUCGGUACCAAUUUGAGCUGUCAAACUGUGAGUGGGCAGAGGAUAAGGAGAAACAACAGGCUGACGAAACAUGGUUUGAAUUACGCUGCCACAAACGAGGUGCCCGUUGUUGCGUGAACAGUCUGCCGGCUGCGCUGACGGUUCGCAGUGCACCCGAGACGGACACUCUUUUCGUGUCUUUACUGCGGAAGGACACCGUUUUGGCAAGAAGUGACGAUAUUGACAUUGGCGGUAUAACUCGACGGGUGGGAGUUCGCCCAAUCCCGCUGCGAGCCGCAGGAACAGGGGCCGUUGUGUGUAGUCUGUCUCUUAUGUGGUCUGUGGAGGAGGAGGAUGGAUCCGUCUUCUCACGGCCAGUCGAAGAUUAUGUGGCUUUCGCAGAGCAGUCGUCAACGGGGGCAUUAGAUACUCUUGGCGGUAACAACAACAGUGGUAAUAGAGAAUAUGACACAUCCUCUUCGAAGGAGAAAGUUCCUUUAGAUCUCCAUGACGAAGGAAGUGUGUCGAUCCAACGGCAACAAGAGCUCAAACAGAUGUUAUCAGCUAACGGAGGAGAAAAAAAAUUUCAAACCAGUGGAAAGGAGAAAAAAGGGGCUAUGUGGUGUGUUGAUACUCUACAAUACGCCCCUGAAGGACUUCUUGAUUACUAUACCACUUCCACACAGGUUGUUAAGCAACCAGAGGCGUGGUGUAACUUAUAUACAAGUUCUGCACCCCUUCUUGUAGCAAAUGGUUUACACCAGGAACAACAGCGCGAGGUGAGGACAAAGCGUGUUACUUCAAGGAGAUACAACUCUGUCUUCGCAUCCUCUCAACCAGGCUAUUCGUCAGCUAUAGAGGAGAUUCGCCAGCAACCAACAAAAGCAGCGGAUAUAUCUGCUGAGGACCUUCAGCACUUGCUUUAUAUACGAAAGAAGAAUAAUUUGAAGUGGCGGACCUUUAUUUCAGCAAAUGAUACAUAUACAACAUCCUCAACACGUGCCCGUUAA